CUAACACCACACGCGCGUCAUUUUGCAUUCGCAGAUGAUUCGCUGUCCAAGGGCCACUUGGCUCUAUAUCCACAAUCAAUGUUGCUCUGAAAUCCGAGAAGCGACAGUCAUAUUGUACCUGAUUGGUUCCUCGGUUGUUACGCAUUCAUUAGCGCAUCGAAGGGCAACAAUCUACCUAGGUAUCUGUCAAGGUGUACCCGUGAAACUUAACGUCGACCCUAUCUAUCACCAAGAAACCCUCCCUGAGGAUCAAUCCAACUUGCCCACCAUGCCAAAUAAAAGCUUCACCCUCGACACUGAACACGGACUUAUCAGCAUAACCUCAAACACCCCCACAACUUCAAAGCCAACACUCCUCCUCUUACAUGGCAAUUCCUCUAGCUCCAAGAUCUUCCGACCCAUUCAACAAAGCGAAUCUACUUCCUCUGACUGGCAUAUUCUAACUUUCGACCUGCCUGGGCACGGAGCGUCCUCCAAUGCGCCGGACCCAAAACAGAGCUAUACAAUGCGAGGCUAUGCCUCUCUCGCACUCACCAUCUUAACACAUCUCAACAUCAGCGACGUAGUCGUAUUAGGCUGGAGCCUCGGAGGUCACAUAGGCAUCGAGCUCCUCGCUCUCUUACGCGACCAAGAAAGCAUUCGGAUGAAGGGCUUGAUGCUGAUUGGAACUCCACCUGCCCUCGGAGAAGAACAGACCGGCCAAGGAUUUACCUCAACCGACCCGCAUCUUGGUUUGGCAGCGCAACGCGAUUGGAAUGUCGAUGAAGCUAAAGAGUUCGCGCGGAUGAGUGCUGGUGCACCCUUCGAGCCGUGGAUGGAAGCUUGCGCUAUUCGUACUCAUGGUCGCGCGCGGGAAAUUAUGUGGGAGGAUUUUGCGGAUCGCAGUGCGGGUGGUGUCGAUCAGGUUGCGGUCGUGGAGACGAGCACGGAUGUGCUCAUUGCUGUGGUGAAUGGGGGUGAUGAGCCGUUCAUCAAUUUGGGGUAUCUGGAUGAGAUCAAAUGGGGGAAUUUGUGGAAGGGAGAGUGUGUGAAGCUGAAGGGAUUGAAGCAUGCACCCUUUUGGGAGGCACCAGGGAUUUUUGAGGAUGUUUUGAAAAAUUUCUUGGGUGAUUGCGUGCAUGAGAACAAGCAAGUGGAACGAUUUCGAGAUUAG